GUCACACCACGAAAGCAGCAGCAAAGUCAUCAGCAACCCACGAUCGGUCGAUCGAUCGGGUACCUGCUAGCGAAUUCGAUCGGUCGGGUACCUGCUGCUAGCGAUAUAUAGCAGCAGCAGCAGCCAGCAGAUCGUCGCCGGCACGAUGGCCAGCUCGUCGUCGUCGUCGUCAGCUCUGGUCGUCCUCGUGGUGGUUCUAGCCGCGGCGGUGGCGUGCUCCGCGACGCGCCCCGUCCCCGCGCGGCAGCGGGCGGCGGCGGCGGAGGAGGAGGACGUGAGGCGGCCGGACACGCUGCACGAGGGCACGGUGCUGAUCCCGGGGAUGGGGCGCUACGAGAUCGGCAGCCACUACAUCCCGGACAUCGGCGGGCUGGACCACAGCGUCCCCGCCGCCACCCACGGGCAGUUCAUCCCCGGCGCCGACGACACCUGGGUGCCCAACCCCGGCUUCGAGGUCCCCAACCCCUUCCGCCCCGGCGCGGCCACUCCAUGAACACGUACGAGUACGACCCCGCAACGCCGCGCUGAAUACCGUCUCGCGCCGCGCUGAAUAACGCUACACUAGCUACGUACUAGUCGCCUAGUCGGUCGGCUUGCCGUGCUUGUGCUUGGCUGCUGAAUGCAAGCAUGUCCUUUGUUGUGUGGUUUAAUUUGUCCCACGUACGUCUGUGCAGUGUUUUUGC